CUUCAGGGUAAAGGUUUUAUUCCCUUCUUUUCUGCCCAGAUCUCCACUGAACAAAGGAGCUCUGGGCACAACACCAGUUCCAGGACCUGAAGCUUCAGAAGGGGAACAUCGAGACAGCAGCUUGGCUUUCAGAGGUUACUGCCACAGUCUAUCCUCAAAGAGGGCUACAAGGGCCCUCCAGCUGGAAGAGGCUUUCGGGAAAGCCAGGGGAAUCAAGGAAUUGCAUCAUGGGGGUAUUAUGGCUGGCCAAAUUCAUGCUGGGAUGUACAGCACUUUUGCAUGUGGAACAAGCCCAGUGUCAAUAUGACGGGGACUUGCAGACAGACAGAUUUUCAGGCUAUGAGGAAAGACAGCCAGCAAACAGAGUGAGAAGAAGAGGCCAAGACACUUUACGAGGACCAAAUGUUUGUGGCUCAAGGUUCCACUCUUACUGCUGCCCUGGAUGGAAAACACUGCCUGGAGGAAAUCAGUGUAUUGUUCCAAUUUGCAGGCACUCCUGUGGUGAUGGAUUUUGCUCACGGCCAAAUAUGUGCACGUGCUCCAACGGGCAGCUUUCUACCAAUUGUGGUUCUUCUGGAGUCCAAACCUGCAGUGUAAGAUGCAUGAAUGGUGGAAGCUGCAAUGAGGAGUCCUGCCUCUGUCAGAAAGGAUACACUGGAACUUAUUGCGGGCAACCUAUCUGUGAAAAUGGCUGCCAGAAUGGAGGUCGGUGCAUUGGACCAAACCGCUGUGCUUGUGUGUAUGGAUUCACUGGCCCUCAAUGUGAAAGAGACUAUCGCACUGGUCCCUGCUUCAGCCAAGUGAAUAACCAGAUGUGCCAGGGCCAGCUCAGUGGCAUUGUCUGCACCAAAACUAUGUGCUGCGCCACCAUCGGAAGGGCCUGGGGUCAUCCAUGUGAAAUGUGCCCUGCCCAGCCUCACCCCUGCCGGCGGGGCUUCAUCCCCAACAUACGCACUGGGGCUUGCCAAGAUGUGGAUGAAUGUCAGGCUAUCCCCGGCCUGUGUCAAGGUGGUAACUGCAUCAACACUGUGGGUUCAUAUGAGUGCAAAUGUCCUGCAGGACACAAGCAAAGUGAGACCAGUCACAAGUGUGAAGAUGUGGAUGAGUGUAGCACUAUCUCCAGCGUUUGUGAUGGCGGUGAGUGCACCAACACAGCAGGCAGCUAUGUGUGCACAUGUCCACGGGGCUUCAUGACCAGCCCAGAUGGAUCACGCUGUAUUGACCAGCGGAUUGGCACAUGUUUCUCAGCUCUGAUCGGUGGACGCUGUGCUGGGGAGCUCCCGGGCCAAUACACCAAGAUGCAAUGCUGCUGUGACUCUGGACGCUGCUGGGCAAUUGGGCAGACUCCUGAAAUGUGCCCAGUCAGGGGAUCUGAUGAAUACCGCAGACUCUGCAUUGAAGGACUCCCAGUAGUGCCAGGGUUCCCUGGGAGCUUCCCAGGAAUUCCUGGAUUUGGGCCAAAUGGUGUCGGGCCUGGAAUCAGUGGACCUGGAGGCAUUGGACCAAAUGGGGCUAAUGGACAAGGCGGGAUCCCAGGCCUGCCUGGAAUGGGCCCAGGAAGUUCAAGUAUUGGAACUGCCACCUUAAAUCAGACCAUUGACAUCUGCAAGCACUUCACCAACCUGUGUCUGAAUGGGCGCUGCAUCCCCACCCCCUCCAGCUACCGAUGCGAGUGCAACAUGGGAUACAAGCAGGACGUGCGUGGAGAGUGCAUUGAUGUGGAUGAAUGCUCCAGCAGCCCCUGCGUGCAUGGAGACUGUGUAAAUACACCUGGGUCCUACCACUGCAAGUGCCAUGAGGGCUUCCAGAGCACCCCCACUAAGCAGGCCUGUAUCGAUAUCGAUGAGUGCAUCAUGAAUGGGGUGAUGUGUAGAAAUGGCCGCUGCGUAAACACUGAUGGCAGCUUCCAGUGCAUCUGUAAUGCUGGCUUUGAAAUUACCCCUGAUGGCAAAAACUGUGUUGAUCACGAUGAAUGUGCUACAACCAAUAUGUGUCUCAAUGGGAUGUGUAUCAAUGAAGAUGGCAGUUUCAAAUGUAUUUGUAAACCAGGCUUUGUACUGGCUCCCAAUGGGCGCUACUGUGUUGAUAUCGAUGAGUGCGAGACUCCUGGCAUCUGCAUGAAUGGCUGGUGCAUCAACACAGAGGGCUCCUUUCGGUGUGAAUGCCUGGGUGGCCUGGCCAUUGGCGUGGAUGGACGAGUCUGUGUGGACACCCAUAUGCGCAGCACGUGUUAUGGAGGCAUUAAAAAGGGCACCUGUGCCCGUCCCUUUCCAGGAGCCGUUACCAAAUCUGAAUGUUGCUGUGCUAACCCGGACCAUGGUUUUGGGGAGCCUUGUCAACCGUGUCCAGCCAAAAACUCUGCUGAAUUCCAGGCACUGUGCAGCAGUGGCAUUGGAAUAACAGCUGAUGGCAGAGAUAUCAAUGAAUGUGCCCUCAACCCAGACAUCUGCCCCAAUGGCAUGUGUGAGAACCUGCGUGGGAGCUACCGCUGCAUCUGCAAUUUGGGCUACGAAUCAGAUCCCACUGGCAAGAACUGUGUGGAUGUUGAUGAGUGCACUGUUAAUCGUUUGCUCUGUGACAAUGGCCUGUGCCGUAACACACCUGGAAGCUACACCUGCACCUGUCCCAAAGGCUUUGUCUUCAGGACUGAGACAGAUACCUGUGAAGAUAUCAAUGAAUGCACCUCAAACCCAUGUGUGAAUGGUGUAUGCAGGAACAAUGCUGGCUCUUUUGCCUGUGAGUGCUCCCCAGGCAGCAAACUGGACCCGAGUGGCACCAUCUGUGUGGACAGCAUGAAGGGGACAUGCUGGUUGAACAUCCAGGAUGGCCGCUGUGAGGUGAACAUCAAUGGAGCAACACUGAAAUCUGAGUGCUGUGCCACACUGGGAGCAGCCUGGGGCAGUCCUUGUGAGCGCUGUGAGAUCGAUCCUGCCUGUCCCAGAGGGUUUGCCAGGAUGAAGGGGGUCACAUGUGAAGAUGUGAAUGAAUGCGAUGUCUUCCCCAGCGUCUGUCCCAAUGGUCGCUGUGUGAACACAGGCGGCUCCUUCCGAUGCGAGUGUCCAGAAGGGCUGACUCUCGAUGGAACUGGCAGGACAUGUGUGGAUGUGCGUGUAGAACAGUGCUACAUGAAGUGGGAUGAGGAUGAGUGCAAUGAGCCCCUGCCUGGGAAGUACCGGAUGGACGUAUGCUGCUGUUCUGUGGGCUCAGCCUGGGGCAUUGACUGUGAAGAAUGUCCCAGAGUUGGCACCAGUGAGUACAAGGCUAUCUGCCCAAGGGGGCCAGGCUUUGCCAACAGAGGAGAUGUGCUCUCAGGCAGACCCUUCUACAAAGAUGUGAAUGAGUGCAAGGUCUUCUCUGGUCUCUGCACUCAUGGGACUUGUCGAAACACAAUUGGCAGCUUCAGAUGCAUCUGUGGCAAUGGCUUUGCUUUGGAUGCUGAGGAGAGAAACUGCACAGAUAUCGAUGAGUGUCGCAUCUCACCAGACCUGUGUGGCCAUGGCACCUGCAUCAACACUCCAGGCAGCUUUGAAUGCGAGUGCUUCGAGGGCUAUGAGAGUGGGUUCAUGAUGAUGAAGAACUGCAUGGAUAUUGAUGAGUGUGAGCGGGACCCCCUGCUCUGCCGUGGCGGGAUCUGCGUCAACAAUGAGGGCAGCUUUGAAUGCAUCUGCCCCCCAGGCCAUGAGCUAACCACUGAAGGCCAUGCCUGCGUAGAUAUCAACGAAUGCUCUCUCAGUGAUAACCUGUGCCGCAACGGGCGCUGUGUCAAUGUCAUCGGCACAUACCAGUGCACAUGUGACUCAGGCUUUCAGGCCACUCCAGACAGACAGGGCUGUGUUGAUAUUGAUGAGUGCACCAUCAUGAAUGGCGGCUGUGAUACACACUGUGCCAAUUCAGAGGGUAGCUACCAGUGCAGCUGCAGUGAGGGCUACGCACUGAUGCCAGAUAAGAGGUCGUGUACAGAUAUCGAUGAAUGUGAGGAUAACCCAGACAUCUGUGAUGGGGGCCAGUGCACCAACAUCCCUGGGGAAUACCGCUGUCUCUGCUUCGAUGGCUUCAUGGCUUCAUUAGACAUGAAAACAUGUAUUGAUGUGAAUGAGUGCGACCUCAAUCCCAACAUCUGCCUUCAUGGGGAAUGUGAAAACACCAAGGGCUCCUUCAUCUGCCACUGCCAGCUUGGCUACUUCGUCAAGAAGGGAACCACUGGUUGCACAGAUAUCGAUGAGUGUGAAAUUGGAGCUCACAACUGUGACAUGCAUGCCUCAUGCAUCAAUGUACCUGGGAGCUUCAAGUGCAAGUGCCGCACAGGCUGGCUUGGAGAUGGUCUGAAAUGCAAUGACUUGGAUGAAUGUGCCACUGAAGAACACAAGUGCAACCUGAAUGCCAACUGUGUGAACACACCAGGAUCCUACCGCUGUGCAUGCCGAGAGGGCUUCAAUGGGGAUGGCUUUUCCUGCUCAGAUGUGGAUGAAUGUGCAGACAAUGUGAACCUGUGUGAGAACGGGCAAUGCCUGAAUGCGCCAGGAGGCUACCGCUGUGAAUGUGAGAUGGGCUUCAACCCUACAGAGGACAGCAAGGCUUGCCAAGACAUUGAUGAAUGCACCUUCCAGAACAUUUGUGUCUUUGGGACCUGCCAAAACCUUCCAGGGAUGUUCCGCUGUGCCUGCGAUGAUGGCUACGAGCUAGAUAGGAGUGGAGGCAACUGCACAGAUAUCAAUGAGUGUGCAGACCCUGUGAACUGCAUCAAUGGUCUGUGUGUCAACACCCCAGGCAGCUACUUGUGCAACUGCCCCCAGGACUUUGAGUUGAACCCUACUGGUGUAGGAUGCGUGGACACCCGUGUUGGUAACUGCUUCCUGGACACUCAGGACCGAGGGGAUGGUGGGAUCUCCUGCAGUGCUGAAAUCGGAGUUGGAGUCACUCGAGCCUCCUGCUGCUGCUCGCUGGGCCGUGCCUGGGGCAAUCCCUGUGAGCUCUGCCCUCCUGCAAAUACAACGGAGUACAAAACCCUGUGUCCUGGAGGAGAAGGCUUCAGGCCCAACCCCAUCACUGUCAUCCUGGAGGAUAUCGAUGAGUGCCAGGAACUGCCAGGUCUGUGCCAGGGAGGCAACUGUGUGAACACAUUUGGCAGCUUCCAGUGUGAGUGUCCCCUUGGCUACUACCUAAAUGAGGAUACACGCAUCUGCGAAGAUAUUGAUGAGUGUUCAGCCCACAUUGGGAUUUGUGGCCCUGGAACCUGCUACAACACCCUUGGCAACUACACCUGCGUCUGCCCCCCUGAGUACAUGCAGGUCAAUGGAGGAAACAAUUGCAUGGACAUGAGGAAGAGUGUGUGCUACCGCAACUACAAUGACACCUGUGAGAAUGAGCUCUCCUUCAACAUGACCAAGAAGAUGUGCUGCUGCUCCUACAACAUUGGCAAGGCUUGGAACAAGCCCUGCGAGCCCUGUCCCACCCCUGCCAGCCCUGAGUACCAGAUCCUUUGUGGAAACCAGGCCCCUGGAUUUAUCAUUGACAUUCACACUGGGAAGCCAAUUGAUAUUGAUGAGUGCAGUGAGAUCCCUGCUAUCUGCACCAAUGGUGUUUGCAUUAACCAGAUCGGCAGCUUCCGAUGCGAGUGCCCAAUUGGAUUCAGCUACAACAAUAUUCUGCUCAUCUGUGAAGACAUCGAUGAAUGCAGCAGUGGUGAGAAUCUUUGCCAGCGCAAUGCUGAUUGCAUCAACAUCCCAGGCAGUUACAGGUGCGAGUGCUCAACUGGAUACAAGCUGUCGCCUAGUGGAGCCUGUGUGGGUCGUAAUGAAUGCCAGGAAAUUCCCAACGUCUGCAGCCACGGUGACUGCGUUGACACUGAGGGCAGCUAUAUCUGUGUCUGUCACAACGGGUUCAAAGCCACAGGAGAGCAGACCAUGUGCAUGGAUAUUGAUGAAUGUGACCGGCAGCCUUGUGGAAAUGGCACCUGCAAGAACACAGUGGGUUCCUACAACUGCCUGUGCUUCCCUGGCUUUGAGCUAACACACAACAAUGAUUGCAUGGAUAUCGAUGAGUGCUCGUCCCUGGUGGGGCAGGUGUGUCGGAAUGGCCAGUGUAUAAACAGCAUUGGGUCCUUCCAGUGUCUGUGCCAGGAAGGCUACGACCGGACCCCAGAUGGGAAGAACUGUGUUGACAUUAAUGAGUGUGUGAGCCUGCCUGGGACCUGUUCUCCUGGAACAUGUCAAAACCUGGAAGGCUCUUUCCGUUGUAUCUGUCCCCCAGGGUACGAGGUGCAGAAUGACAACUGCAUCGAUAUCAAUGAGUGCGAAGAGGAGCCCAACAUCUGCCUGUUUGGAACCUGCACCAACACCCCUGGCAGCUUCCAAUGCAUUUGUCCCCCUGGCUUUGUCCUGUCUGACAAUGGCCGCAGGUGCUUUGAUACUCGCCAGAGCUUCUGCUUCACCCGCUUUGAUAAUGGGAAAUGCUCCGUCCCCAAGGCCUUCAAUACCACCAAAGCCCGGUGCUGCUGCAGCAAGAUGCCUGGAGAGGGCUGGGGUGACCCAUGUGAGCUGUGCCCUCAAGAAGGGAAUGUUGCCUUUCAGGAGCUGUGUCCAUAUGGCCAUGGGGCCAUCCCUGGCCCAGGCGAUACCCGAGAAGAUGUAAAUGAAUGCUCUGAGAACCUGGGCAUCUGCAUAAAUGGGGCAUGUAUUAACACUGAUGGCUCCUUCCGCUGUGAGUGCCCCUUUGGGUAUAACUUGGACUACACUGGAGUCAACUGUGUUGACACAGAUGAGUGCUCCAUUGGUAACCCCUGUGGGAAUGGGACCUGCAGCAACGUGGUAGGAGGCUUUGAAUGCACCUGUGAGGAGGGAUUUGAGCCAGGCCCCAUGAUGACAUGUGAAGACAUCAAUGAAUGUGUGCUGAACCCCCUGCUCUGUGCCUUCCGCUGUAUCAACACCUUUGGCUCCUAUGAGUGCACCUGCCCCUCUGGAUAUGCCCUCCGGGAAGACAGAAGAAUGUGCAAAGAUCUGGACGAGUGCGCUGAGGGCCUCCAUGACUGUGAGUCUCGAGGAAUGGUGUGCAAGAACCUCAUUGGUACCUUCAUGUGCAUCUGUCCACCAGGGAUGCAGCGCAGGCCUGACGGAGAAAGCUGCACAGAUGAGAACGAAUGUCGGACCAAGCCAGGAAUCUGUCCCAAUGGCCGCUGUGUUAACACCGUGGGCAGCUAUCGGUGUGACUGCAACGAAGGCUUCCAAGUCAGCCCCUCUGGCACUGAGUGCAUUGAUACCCGCCAAGGUUUCUGCUUCACUGAAGUGCUGCAGACUAUGUGCCAGAUGUCCUCCACCAACCGCAACCUGGCUACCAAGUCCGAGUGCUGCUGCAAUGGUGGACGUGGCUGGGGAACUCAGUGUGAACUCUGCCCUCUCCCAGGAACUACCCAAUACAAGAAGAUGUGUCCUCAUGGACCUGGGUACUCCACUGAUGGGCAAGAUAUUGAUGAGUGCAAGGUGCUGCCUAAUCUCUGCAAAAAUGGACAGUGCAUCAACAGCAUCGGCUCCUUCCGCUGCCAUUGCAAGCUGGGCUACACCACAGACAUCACAGGCACAGCCUGCACAGAUCUGGAUGAGUGUAACCAGUCUCCUAAACCAUGUAACUUCAUCUGCAAGAAUACCGAGGGAAGCUAUCAGUGCUCCUGCCCCAGAGGGUACAUCCUACAUGAAGAUGGGAAGACGUGCAAAGACUUGGAUGAAUGUUCCACCAAGCAGCACAACUGUCAGUUCCUGUGUGUGAACACCAUUGGCGGAUUCAACUGCAAAUGCCCUCCUGGAUUCACCCAGCACCAUUCAUCCUGCAUUGACAAUAAUGAAUGCACUUCCCAGCCUUCCCUGUGUGGAGCUAAAGGACAGUGUCUGAACACACCAGGAAGCUACAACUGCGAGUGUCAGAAAGGAUUUUCCCUGGACAGCUCUGGUGUCAACUGUGAAGAUGUGGAUGAGUGUGAUGGGAACCAUCGCUGCCAGCAUGGCUGCCAGAAUGUACUGGGAGGCUAUCGCUGUGGCUGCCCCCAGGGUUACGUGCAACAUUACCAGUGGAACCAGUGUGUAGAUGAAAACGAGUGCUCCAGCCCCACAGUCUGUGGCUCUGCCUCUUGCUACAACACCCUGGGCAGCUUCAAGUGCAUCUGUCCUUCUGGGUUUGACUUUGACCAGGCCUUUGGUGGGUGCCAGGAUGUGGAUGAGUGCUCAGCUGGGAGCAGUCCCUGCAGCUAUGGGUGCUCAAACACUGAUGGGGGCUACUUAUGUGGCUGCCCUGGAGGAUACUUCCGAGCUGGACAAGGGCACUGUAUUUCUGGACUUGGCUUUGGCAAAGGCCCCUACCUGCCUGCCCCACAGGAGGAAGACGAGGACAACUUGCUCUCUCCUGAGACUUGCUACGAGUGUAAGAUAAAUGGCUACCCCAAGAGGGGCCGACAACGGCGCAGUGUCAAUGGGACUGAGAGGCACCAGGACCACAGAGUGAAUCUGGCCAGUGUGGACACUGAUGCUCCCUUGCCCAUGUUCCUGAACCUCUCGGACCUGGCCCACAAGGAGCAUAUCCUGGAGCUGCUGCCAGCUGUGGAGCCCCUGGAGAACCGUGUGCGCUAUAUGAUCUCUCAUGGGAAUGAGGAUGGCUACUUCCGCAUUCACCAAAAAGAAGGACUCAGCUACUUGCAUCUCGGCCGCAAGAAGAUAGUCCCUGGCACCUACAUGCUGGAGAUUAUGAGCGUCCCCCUGUACCGCAAAAAGGAACUGCAGAAACUGGAGGCCAAGAAUGACCUCAACUACCUAGCAGGGGAGCUUGGCCAAGCACUCAGGAUGAGGCUGCAGCUCCAGCUUUACUAGCAAUCAUGAGAACAAACCAGCCAGCCAACCAACAGCACAGUUCUUAGCAUUGCCAUCCACACCUAAAAACAAAUCCCUCUUCUCUCGCUGCACCCCUGUGCCAGCAUCUCGCCGGCCGCACCACAUGACUGAUGGGAAAUGUGCCUCUAGGUUCAGCACUGGACCUAGGCAGCUAGAGGCUGCUCUGCUUUACAGAGUCAUUGUGUGUAAAAGUCAAAUCCGAAAACCCCUUGUCGGUGGUUUGAAAUGCCAUUAUCCGGGACUCCCUCCCUUGCACUCAUCCCCUUUGCUCGUCUCUCUUGCAAUAGACACUGCUGGUCUGAGCUGACCAUGGGAAAUCUUCCUGUCUCCCUUGGCCAAGGGCUGCCUGCCACUCCACAUCCUGGGAUAUGGGAGGGACCUGUGGACAGAGCUUAGGCAGUGAACUAUCGGAAGCUUUUGUAUGGGCCAUUUUCCAACAAAUCUAGUUUUCCCUUUGCCUCUGCAUUGUCAUAAUGGUGCUACGGAAAAUCCUACUAAACCUAUAGUGGCUGCUCUCUCUCUUCUUUCCCUUUUUUAUCCUGUGUUCCAGAUGGUCCUUUUUUGCCCUUUUGCAGCACAAAAAAGGGUUAAUGUUUGUCACCCCAUGUGGAGUGAAGAGGCUGUUUGGAUCUGAAACCUCACAUCACCCGCUCACGAAUAUGAAGGGCUGCAGGUUUUUGUUCCAGCUGAGGGCUUUGAUAUUGCAGUAUUCCGAAGAUGUGCAAUACUAGCUCCUACUCCUAACACCCUCUCCCCAGACUGCAGUUUGCAAGGGUUGUUUCCAGAGCUCCAGCAACUCCAGGUGUUUACAUAUGUCUUUACAUCAGCAGUCCGAUGCCAAGCAGCUUUGGCAGAAUUUGUAAAAAAAAAAAAUUAAAAAAUUGGCUUGAUUUUGCUUGAACAAAAAAUUUAAAUGAUCAAAAAUGGUGCUGAGCCUAACACAGAUAGACCCUUCCUGAGCUGGAGAGAGGCAGAUUUGCAUUACCCGAGAGAAAUUACUCACCACGUUGUGAGAGAGAGAUUUGCUGGACACCACUGCCAGUGUGUUUCCAGGUUCUCAGAGAGGUUCCCAUGGGUGGGAGCAGUGGGCUAAAGGGACCUUGCUGUCUUGAAAGCAGGUGGGAAAAGACACAGCCAGUCAGGUCCCCAUUGUCCAAAUGGUCCUUGAUUCUGAGUGCCUCUGCUUUUAGCUGUCCAAGUUGAGUCACCCCUAGUGCUAUAGGUCUGUGCCCGGAGUCAGUAGGCAUUGUUCAAAGUGCAGGUCUGGACUCCAUUCAACUUUGGUUGUUUAUUGGAGCUUGGUCAUGCCAAGGUGAUGCCAUAAAUACUAAAUCUCUGCUCAACGCAGACCAACUAGAUGCACUAAAAAGAAUCUGGACAAUCUGGUUUCAGUGAAUCUGUAUCAGGCUUGUACAGACAGGCUUUGCUUCCUGUCCAGCGGGCUAUAUUUCAUGCAGCUGUUUUCUAGAAUGCCAUUUUCUAGUUUUACAUGAAACUCCAUUUUUGGUUCUGCAUCAACACUGUGCAUCAGCAAAGGAAAUAAAGGUGCUAAUUCACUCUGGUAACACACAAGACUACCUGAUAGACAGUUCCCCAAAUCUAAGGUGCUUUCAGCUCUCAGAAGCUGGUGCUGGUAUUGAAUUGUCAGGGUUACUGCACUGUAUCCACCCUUUCAUAUUUAUGUAUAACCACCAAUGUUAUGAUUGAUCAUUGUUGUGAGGAGUGCAUAUUCCAGUAGCUUUUUUGGUACUUUGGGGAGGGGAGGGUGGUUUUAUUUUUUCCUGGUAAGCUGCCACCACACGGGUGGAGGGGAAGUGUACAUAUACUGUAUCGUGGCUAAUAUCAAACUUGAAAACUCUUUUGCUUAAUGCAGCUUCAAACCACACAAGCUGGAUUUUGCAAGAGUACCAGACCUCAUGACAUGAUGGGUGGCCUUCUUUAUUUUGUUUUUGGUUUGUUUGUUUUUUUACCAAAAGGUGCUUUAUAAAAAAAAAUAAUAAUAAUAAUAAUAAUAAUAAUUGCUCAGAGGUGGGGUUUUGUGUGUGUGUGUGUUGAGCCAAACGUGUCAAAUGAAAAAGUGAAAUGUUUUCCUUCCUUCCAGUCUGGUGUGGUGAUUGUUUUAUUGACAUUUCUUGCUGGUUGUUUUUUUUUGGAAGCGUUGGGCACAUCCCGUACAGAAGCUGUGCCACCUUGCCCCACAGAGAGAGCCGGCUCUUUGUGGAAUCCCUUUUUGUAUCGGAAACAACAGCAACAAUAAAAUU